AUGUCCAUUUUCUUCUGCCGACGAGUCGAUCACCAUGGCCGCGGCCGCAUCAGGCCGGAGCUGGAUGAGUCGCUUUGCGCAUCCUACCUGGAAGCGGCCGAGAAGAAUAGAAAGACAAUCCCAGAGCAGUUAUCAUUUGAGGAGAUUAUUAAGAAUGUCACGUUACCGCCACGUUCCCUCAACGACUUCAUGGACUACCUGCUCCAAGUCGAACACGGCGCCGAAUGUCUUCAGUUUUUCCUCUGGUAUUGCAAUUACGUGGAGCGAUGGUGCAAGCUAUCACCAGACCAGCGCGAGCUGUCGCCGCAGUGGCGCCACAACCGCGAGGAUGACACGGCCAAGCGCAAGACACACGCGCGCACCAGGAGCUUUCCCGAGAACAUGGAGCGGUUCAACCGCAUCUUUGCCAUUCUGGAAAAGAGUCCCAAGGGCAAGGAGGCCGACGCCGCCGCCGGCAAGGACUCUCUGCGCAGCCGGGGCGACUCGACCUUGACCAAUUUCUCGUGGCCCCGGGUCUUGUCGCCCCGGACCGAGAGCAUUAACAUGGAAAAGGAGCAAGACGACGGUGACCACAAGCAGGAGGAAGCGGUCGAGACAGCGUGUUCCCCACCGCCAAAGGAUGUGGCGCAGCCUUUCCGCGACGAAAUCUUUCAGAUCGUGCGCCAGUACAUCUUCACCGGCGGCGAGCGGCAGCUCAAUCUCACGCACCAGGACCGGACGGCGUGCAUCCAGGCCGUCGAGCAGACGACGCACCCCUCGGCCCUCUUGCCGGCGUUUGCCGCCGCCGAGGCAAUGCUGCGCGGUCACUGCCAUCCGGAGUUCGUGAGGUGGAGCAUAGCCAAUAAUAAUAAUAGUAACCGGCCUCGAGUCGUGUUUACCAAGGACUUGGGUGCUGCCAUCAUCUCGAUUAGACAGCGGUGA